CUUAUCCUUUGGUUACCAUCUCAUCUCAAAUACGACUAACCCUCAUCCAAACAGACCAUACCGGGGUGGGGGGGGGGGUGUGUUCUCCGAGCCAGGUGCCAACCGGGAGACUAUUAAUCUAACUAUAAUCUGGAACUCAAAAUCUCUAACAAUGGAUCUAAAAUUCCAACACACAUACGUAAAACUCCUGGCCUUCGAUCUCCUCUCUCUCGCCCAAACCCCGUCUCUCUCCUCUUCCGACCCAAUCUUCUUCUCUCGCCUAGGCAAGUCUCUCUCACGCGCCGAAAUCCUCGGCAUCGUAACCACCCGUGAUCACAAACCAAACAAAUUCCUCAAAUUCACAAUCGACGAUGGCACCGGUUGCAUUAGCUGCAUUCUCUGGCUCAACCAACUCACAUCCCCCUACUUCUCUCGCCGCAGCCCUCCAGAUGUUCGAUUAAUUGCCGACAUGGCCGCUCAUUUUGCCUCCGAGAUCAAGAUUGGCGUUGUGGCUAGGGUGCGCGGGAGGAUCUCGAGCUAUAGAGGUGCGGUUCAGAUUACUGUGUCCGAUGUUGUGAUCGAGAGGGAUCCCAAUGCGGAGAUUUUCCACUGGUUGAAUUGCAUUAAGCUGGCGCGCAACUGCUACGGUGUCGCCGCUCCAUGUAAAUAGUGCUGAUGGUUCUAAAAGCUCUUUUUCUUCACUGUAGAUCUCGUUCCUGAUUAAGAUGAUUGUGUUACCGUACACUGAUGACGAUAGAUUAUAAAAUUUUUACUCUAUUGCUAGUAAGUUUUAGCUAAAAUUUGAGGAGCCAAUUGUGGAAAUGGAAACAUUCACAGUAUGGCCAUGGUUGCCUUCUAUUUCUUUGUUGUGGCUUUUAAGCUCCAUGGUUGAUGGAGCCCAUUGAUAGUAAAGGCGGUUGUUGAAACACGUUACUGAUGUGGAGAAUUGGUUCAUGGAAGCUGAUGCUAACCUACACACAUGGAGUUAUACGUUAGAUAUUUAUGAACCUGAAAGCUACAAAAGCAAGUCAUGACAAAAUAGUAGAUGCUGUUGAUUGGAAGAAUUAAAGUUUUGCCAUGUGAGAGAGCCAAAACAAUAGAACAUCAUCCUCCUUUGUUGCCCAUCGAAAGAUUUUUGCAUUUAUAGCUAAGCCAUUUGAAAAGCGCUGAUCACUGAUUCACUUACUUCGAUUUGAAUUAGAGUUAAGAGUUAUUCUCCGCGGUGGAUAAUUCUCAUUCGAAGGUUCUAUAAUUAACAGUUACUUGUGGUCUGUGGAUAGAAAGGUAUUUGCUUUAGUUGGUGUCUUUUAAUGAUAUAGCUGCGGAGGCAAAUUCAUGACCAAUUAGAAUACAUGGACAACUGAAACCAUCAGCAUGCCAGUGAAAUGUGGGAGUUUAAGUGUUUAGUCCAGCUUAAGUAUGAUCCAUGAGAAAAAUAUCAGGGCUAUUUUGUUUAUGUUAGUAAAAGCAUGGAAUUGGAAUUGCUACACAAAUUUUAGUGUUAUUUUCAA